AUGUCGGAAACUCUGGUUGAUAAUCAAGACAACCCGAAUCUGGGAUGGGAAGAAGAGGAUCAUGAAGCCACCUUUGCUGAUACUGUACCAAAUCAACAAGGAGGUUCUCUGAGGCUUGUGGGCAGAAUGUUUGGCGAAAGGGAUGUCAAUAAGAGGGCCAUGAUAGGGAUGAUCAAUGGAAUCUGGUCAAACUUCUGCGAGCCGACGGUCCAAGAUAUUCAAAAGACGGCAAACACUUUUGUCUUCAUCUUCAAUCGAAAGGAAGAGAUGGAUCGGGCCUGGGAAGGAAGACCAUGGCAAGUCUCUGGCAACACACUGCAGCUGAAGAAAUGGGAGGAUUCUAUCCGCCCUCUGAACAUCAAUUUCGAUUUGGCAGACUACUGGAUCCAAGUGCACGGCAUCCCGGAUCAUAAAAGAACUGCCUCCAACAUUGAAUCUGCCGUUGCAAUGUUUCCAAAGAUCCACGGCAUCGACUUGAGGGGGCUCAACCCUGACAGAUACAUGGAAUUCGUUCGUGUUUUCGUCCAAGUCGAUCACACACGACCUCUUCCGCCGGGGUCGUACUGCACCACUGAUGGAGUCAGGGAAUGGCUGGGUUUCAGAUAUGAGAAGCUCUACCUUCUCUGCUAUUACUGCGGGCGACAAGGGCAUGUGAAACAGGAUUGCCGGAAGAGAAGGGAGGACUUGGAAGGAGGUAUUGCAGCGGCGCCGGAGGGUCGUUUCACUCCAUGGAUGAAAGCCGGCACAAGAGCUCAGCGUCCUCCUCCACCACCGAGGGGCCGCAUCAUCCAUCUCUCCCCUGGCGAUGCUGGAUCCAGCUCGGGAUCCCCGGGUUUUGUCCAGAAUCAGAUUUGGGUUCCAGGGAUGGCUUCUCCAAUGAUCGGCUCUGUCAACCUUGGAUCGCCGGCAUCUCCAUUGGAAGGGAGUUGGGGGCUCGGAGUUCGAGGUCCACCAGGCUUCACUCCACAUCCGUUUCCAACGGACAGGCUGUCCCACAGUCCGAGGCCAACCUCGGAAGCCAGCGCUCAACGGCUCCAAUCCCCUUCUCCCGACCAGAAUUUGGUGGUCUAUGGGUCCACCCCAGGUUUCUCUCCCACUUUCUCCUACUCGGCAAACCCUCCUCCACUGGUGAGGAACCUUGCGACAGAGAUGGAAGCUGCUGGGCUUUGGAACAAAAGCCCUCUCCACCAUUCUUUUUAUCAAAGUGGGCCAUUUCAGGCCCAAGGUGGGAAAUAUGAAGUCCCAAUCAGCCAGAUCCAUUCGCACCAUCCUGCAAAUAUGGCCCAGCUCAACAAACAAAAUGUUUCUCAAAUUGUCCAUGACCUCAGCCAAAAGAUGGAUCUGAAUCUCAGGCCCAGUGGCUAUAACUACUCUCACCAUUCUGGCCAAGAUGAGGAAACACAGGGAGAUGUUAAGAAAAGGAAACAUGGACAGCCUCUCGACUUUGAGGGGCCGUAUUUCUCUCUCGGAGAGGGAUCGAUCAAGCCUCGCAAUGCAAGGAUCAAAGUGAAAGGAAGAAAACAACAGCAGCUCAACCUGGAGAAAGAAGUGGAUCAAGCUAGCUAUCAGGAAAAUGAAGGAAAGGGGAAGCUAGCCAACUCUGAAGCGCCGGUGGCCGGCUAUAAGCCACCCGGAGAUCCAUGA